AUGUUGAGAAGACCCGGCAAGGGAGCUUCUACACUCGCAUCCAUCCUUCUCCGUAGCCAGAACCGGGGUCACCUGUUGAGUUCAAAGCAGGACUUCACGGUCAAUCAGAUACGGGUUGCGUUGGCGGUAGCAAGUUUCCUCCUGCAAUCGACGAAAGCGAACUGCUGGCAAGGCAGCAACGCGUUUGUUAAGAACAUCGCGUUUGCAAACAGGUUCUCGAUCAGUCAACCCUUUUCUCUCCUUAGGAAGAUCUCUCAGUUUCGAUCGUCGGGGAUGAGCAGUCGAGACACCAGCCCCCUCCAUGCUCAGAAGGAGGCUUACGUUAAUGCCGACCCAACAGGGGAUUCAUCCAAGACACAAGAUGUUUUCAGGGGAGUGCUCCAGCUUCUCAACUACAAGCAGAUGCUUGCCAGCCGAACGGAAGACAUCGCCAGGAGAAGGCGAAAGAGCAGCGUCUCCUCCAGCGGGCCCGAGCACCUCAUUGUGCUGGUGCAUGGAUUGGCAGGCACUGCAGAUGACCUAGCAUACCUGAAACGCUCUGUCGACUCACAAGAUGGCACACUGAAGAACACGCUCGUCUACCUUGCUAAGUGCAAUGAGGACAAAACAAGAGAUGGGGUGGAGGCUGGUGGAUGGCGGCUGGCCAAGGAGAUUGUGGAGCUUGUAGAGGAGGUGCCAUCGUUGCAGCGGAUCUCCUUCGUAGGAAACAGCUUGGGCGGGCUGUACUCAAGGUACGCCAUUGCCGUGCUGCACAGGGAGGGAGGAGGAGGGCGUCAGGAAGAGGAUCUGGUCUGCGGCCUCAAGCCGGACACGUUCGUCACCACAGCCACUCCCCACCUGGGGGUUCGCAGGUUCACUUACCUUCCCAUCCCCGACCAGCUGCAUGGGCUGGCGCCAGUCUUCGUGGGUCGAACGGGCGACGAUCUUUUCAUGCUGGGGAAGGAGGGAGACGAGCCCCCCCUGCUGCUGCUGAUGAGUACCUGCGAAGUCUUCCUCCGGGGCCUCCGAAGCUUCAGUCGGCGACGGGCCUACGCGAAUCUGGAGGGAGACUUCCUGGUGCCCUUCGGAACGGCGGCUUUCAUGGUGGAGGAUGGACGAGCAGGCUGGGGGAUCCUAGAGAAGGGGACCUCAGAGGACUUCGAGAAGAAGUCGAGGAGGAUCCUCAACCAGUCGCAAGUUGUCUGCGAGAUGAUGGUAGAUGCGCACGAGGAGCAGGUCAGCUCGGACAGAAUCCGUUCGGCGAACGGCAAGUCAGACUCGGAGGCUCUCAUGGCUACUGCCCUCAACAGCUGCGGGUGGUCCAAGGUGGGGGUACGAUUCAGCAGCCCGCUCCCGCUCGCUCACAACAAGAUCUGCGCGUUGGAGGGAGGAGGGCUGCUGCGAGCGCCUGUGCGCGCGGUACCUGCUGAGGAGCGAACCAUGAAGUCAUCGAGCCUGGGGACUUCUAGCAAGGGGAUGCUGCUGAUCGUCGAUGGGAUGAAGGCUCGUCUACGGGGAGGAUACAACCCGUUCAAGGAUGAAAGGAACCCUUACAGCGGGGAGGAUUUCAGCACAGACUUGUCCUCCUCCAGUGUUGAGCCUGAAUUUGCAGAACCUCUGAGGGAUGACUUGUCGCGAGAUGAAGCGAUUGCCAAGUGGUGUCAAGAAGAGGAAGCAAGAGCAGCUGCCUUCGAUCGGAUCCCCCCGAACCCCAUUGCUAUUCCGAGAUCAGAUGAGAAGCUGACGGAAGAGAUUCUGCGUCUCGUUCAUUCCUACGCGAAGCAUUCUCAACAGUUGUUAGAGAAAGUGAAAGGCAUUCGGAGAGAGAUGAAGAAAUACAAGCCGAUGGAGAAGAGAGACUGGGACGAGGGGAAAGUAGAUCGCAACUACAAGAAAUGGAUGGCGUCGAGGGAGCUGCUGAAACGAGAUCUCAACCCUAUCCUCAUUGAAAGGAACCCCAACGAGACAAUCCUAGAAGCUCUCAAGGGAAACCUGACGGAUCUGACCAAGAAGAAUCACUUCUUUCAGAACAUAAGGAGCAUCAACAAACUUCUCCUCCAGGGUCAGAUGAACGGCAGCUUCAUAAUGAUCAUGGCUGCUGACGUGAUCCCAUUCGACAUUGUCGGCCACCUACCAGUUUGCUGCGAGGAAGCAGACAUUCCAUAUGUGUUCGUUCCUCAUCAGUAUUACCUCGGCAUUGCAGCCACGGUGCACGGAGGUUUCCCGUCGUCGUGUUCCGUUGUGAUGCUGAGAAGGGCUGAGGAUAAAAAACUCUACAAGAAGUUCGACAGAGUUCAUAAACAGGUCAAGGAGUUGGAUAUGACCAGCUCCUGGGCCAGUUGCAGAGAAGACGCAUCAAUAUAUUACAAGUACUAUAGAGGAUAG